AUGCAGUCACACAUCCGUCAGAACUACACCAGGGACCUGGAGACGGCCGUCAACUGUAUGAUUAACAUGGAGCUCUGCGCCUCCUACGUGUAUCUCUCAAUGUCCUGUUACUUUGACCGGGACGAUGUUGCUCUCCCACACUUCUCGGGUUUCUAUAAGGAACGAUCUCACAAGGAGAGAAGCAAUGCAGAGAAGCUCAUGACCUUCCAGAACCAGCGAGGCGGACGCAUCAUUCUGCAGGACAUCAAGAAACCAGAGAAUGAUGAGUGGAGCAACGGGCUGGAAGCGAUGCAGUGUGCUCUACAGCUGGAGAAGAGCAUCAACCAGUGUCUGUUGGACCUGCACAAACUGGGCUGUGAUAAGAAAGACCCUUACCUAUGUCACUUCUUGGAGACGGACUAUCUGAGACAGCAGGCUGAGACCAUGAAGACCCUGGGGGGCUACAUCUCCCGCCUGGAGAGGCUGGGAGCCCCCGCCAACAGCAUGGCCGAGUACCUGUUCGACAGACACACGUUGGCAGAGAGCAGCUAGAUCCAGCCAUGGGAUUGUUGGACCUAGCAGGGAGGGUGGUGGUAGCAG